AAGGCUUCCCACCAGGACAAACGUCGGUCAUUUAUGGUUUUAGAGACAUCUAUUGGAAGAACUGUAGUAUGACAUGGGCUACUCUACUCGUGGGGGUGGAUCCAUAAACUUGAGUGGUUCUACAAGUUGUUUGAUUUGGAACAAGACCGACAGGCUGUGUUUGGCAGACUCCGCGUCAGAAUGUUAAUGACAGGUCCGCGUUAGAAAGAAAUUGCCAUCACAGGCUUAAACGGAUUUUUUUUCUCCAUCGGAUUGUUUCCUUAUGUUGUACUUUACCGGGACUUUCAAGUUGAGGAUACAUUCUGACAUUAAGAGCAUGGCGUUGGCUGAACCAGCGGAGCUGUUGGUGAUAAAGGACCAGCAUGACCGUGCGCUGGCGUGCCUAACCCGAGGGCUGGCUGCCGACGAGGCUGGGAGAAGACCUGAGGCCCUGGAGCUCUACCGGAGGGGCAGGCAGCACCUCACCCAGGGCCUGGAGGUGCCUACUGGGGGGGACAGGCACAACGGAGCCCCUUGGGACACGGCCAGACAGCUUCAGCUGAAGAUGAGGCUGACUCUGAGGAACAUCUCCACCAGACUCAACGACCUGGAGACUGCAGAGUCCACGACCACGGAGGGGCCAAGUGAACCAGCGUUGGAUCUUCCCAAGCAGACUCUCUAUCCCACUCUGGGGCCCAACGUUCAGCCUACCUCCAGCCCCCUCCUCCACCUCUACCCUACCGUGCCCGUCACCUCCACCCAGACCCUGCACCCACCCACACCUUCUCCUCCUGCUGGGGCUUCAGGGACCACAGGCCCAUCUCUGCCCAACUUCCCAGUGCCGGCCCUGGGAGCCUCAGGAGAGCAGCCCCCAGCCUAUACACCCCAGCCCACGGAGGGGCACCACAGGCUGGCCUACAGCCCUGUAGCGGCCAGAGCGGGAGAUGGAGAUGAGCUGCUGUUUCUCCCUAGAGGGGUGCAGAUGUUUUUCGUGAGUGCCGAAGGACAGGUCAGCGCCCCGUCUCACCCUGGGUAUCUACGCAUCAUCACUUUCGGCGGCGGGAGCAACGACGUGUCUGGCAAAGCGUCUUCAGCCUUUCUACACGUGUGUGACUGGCUCUACCCUCUAACCGUGGAGACCCCAGUGCUACUGGCCAACUCUGGCAUCUUCAUGUUCCCAGACACCAUGGCUGGCCCCCAGGGGUCCUACGUGGGCAUAGUGCUGUCCUCAGAGAUGCCUGAGGCAGACAGAGACAUGUUCCAGGACAUUCUGGCCCAGCUCACAGACCUCAGGAUCCAGGCUCUGGAGGAGGGGUCAAGUUCAGAGGUCAUGAACCUGAGUGAGAAAGUCCCCAUUGGUCCGCCCGGGGAGAGGUCAGGAGUCCCCAUGGCAACUGGGGGUGCGAUGGGGGAGGAGGAGAAGCCAACUGUCCCUGAAUGGAGCGAGAAGAUGUCCCAAAGCAUCCUGGCAGGCACCUCUUGGCUGAGUAAAGGCUUUCUGAAAGGGGCUGAGGCCACUGGAAAGGCCAUCCACAAGGGGGCAUCCAAGCUGCGCGAGCACAUCACCCCGGAGAACACCCCUGCGGAGGUUAACCCCCGUGUCACCAGGGGCCUGCACGUGGCCAAACAGGCCACCGGGGGCGCUGUGCGCGUCAGCCAGUUCCUGGUAAACGGAGUGUGCACGGUAGCCGGAUGUGUGGGGGACAAGCUAGCCCCCCACGUGAAGAAACACGGCGCCAAGCUCAUCCCAGAGUCCAUGAAGAAGACCCAAGAUGGACGCUCAAACCUGGAUGGUGCCAUGAUUGUAGCGGCGAGCAGUAUGCAGGGUCUCUCGGCUAUAUGGACCGGUUUGGAAACUGGGGCGAAGACUGUGGGCAAAAGCGUGAGGUCUGAGACUGUCACGACGGUGAAGUAUAAGUAUGGUGAAGAUACGGGACAAGCCACAGACACGGCUGUCCAGUCUGUCGUCAACGUAGGCGUGACGGCCUUCAACAUGGACAACCUGGGCAUGAAGGGCAUAUUGAAGAGCACCGGGAAGACCACCGCCAAGGCUGUGGUCAAAGACCACAACCCAACAACCGAAGAACCGACAGAGAAGGGGUAUGGGGAGAAAGGGAAGUAAGGGGUGUAGGCAAAAUGUUUUCCUGUGGUCACGUGUUCUGUUUUCUUUUGCAAAAUUAGCAGAAAGAGGGUUUUACUUUAAGAUGUUUUUUUAUUAUUAUUAUUAAAUACUACAUUUAGAUAUCUGAUUGAUUAACUGCCGACUUCUUGUAUCUUAAAAUGUAUCUAUUUUGAUAUUGAUUCACAAUGUAUUUUAUCCAAGUAUUUCCCAGCCCUAAUUAUGUGCAAUAUUAACUUUUAAACCACUCAAUUAGAUUAGUAUUAUUCAUGCCAUUUGUUCAUAUUGCAAAGAUAACCCCAAACUCCAUUUAAAUACCAUGAAGAAAAUGUAGGAUUAGGCUAUGUGUACAUUAUUGAAUACACAUACUGAUAUUUCUGUUUAUUGUCCCUUGGUUCAAAUAAAAAGGGGAAACCGGUAGAGUAUUCAUUCCUAAUGCGUCAUUUAGACCCAUGUGCAACGCAUAUCACAUAUCUCAACUAUUGCUAUCGUAUAACUUAACAAUAAAAAGCAAUUG